UUCUUUCAGGCAUAAGAGGACAAUUCCAAUGUUUGUGCCAGAUUCAUCUUCUAAGAUGCAGAAGUUUACAAGCUGGAUAAUGGGAAGACGUCCAGAAUACACUGAUCCUAAAGUGGUUGCACAGGGAGAUGGAAGAGAAGUUACUAGGGUCAAAUCACAAGGAUAUGUUACACUCUCAUUCAAUAUGGUCACCAGAGAUAUGAAGAAGCUUGGCUAUGACUCAGGCCCAAUUGAUGGGUCAAAUCCUCAAGUGGUAUCUAUCUCUGAUCUCUCAACUCUCUCAAUUAGAGCAUAACUAGCUCUCCUGACUACAGAUACUGACACACCAAGUGACUGGUACAAAGUAUUGUCCCCCCCCCCCAGCCAUAACUGUCUGUUACCAACUUUGACUUGAGUACAUUUUUAUACUUUAGAUUAAUAAUUGAAACAGUGCACUUUAAUUUUAAAUUACACUACAAAUUUAAGAUCCAAUUUUGCAUGUCUGGUGAAAAUGUUGCAUGUACUAGCAAUGUUUUAUAUGUAAUAAUAAUGUAUGUAAUAAAUUCAUAUUUAGUUAAA